AGUCCACUGUCUGGCUGUCCGCCUCGAAUAAACUUCGAUUUCUGAGGAGAAAUUUCUUUUUGAAAAGUUGACUGAGGGAAGUUGUAUCCCACUUCUGAAGAUUAGUGCUAAAAUGGAAUCCAGUAAAUCGGAAUCAACUCCAAAACAAGCUAUGGUAUACAUUUGCGGAGAAUGUCAUCAUGACAAUGAGAUUCGUGCCAAAGAUGCAAUUCGAUGCAGAGAAUGUGGAUAUAGAAUCAUGUACAAGAAGCGCACAAAAAGACUUGUUGUCUUCGAUGCACGAUAAUUACACGAGUUACGGAUGAUGGAAAUCAACGUUAAUUUUCUUUACAUUUGUUAUAAUAUUUAUUUUACAUGUAAGGAUCAUCUAAUUUUUAAUAAAGCAAUACGCAGUGUUUUACCGGAAAUUAACUUUAUUCCUGUCCCAAAUUAUUUCCCGCGUCCGGAGUUGUACUAUCGUUCCUGCAAGACCACUAUAUAAACACAAACACGUAUCACGAAUCUCUCUUCGUAUAAUUUGCAUUAGAAUCUUUGAAUAUUCUAUCUAACAGAAUUUGUUUCAUGCAUAUAAUUCAGACUACAUAAUAUACAAAAUGCUUUAAGCAAUGUUCCUUCUUUUAUUUACAAUAAAUAAAAAUUACAUUCUCAUUAAUAUAGUUCAACAGAAUUCACAGAGGAAGAGAAAUGACGGUGACACUGGCAAAACAAGUUGGCGUUAUUACCAUAAAUCCCGUUGUCACUUUCUCAAGUAUAUACGCUUAUAAAAUUUUCACCCGGUCCCAUUGUCUGAUAUAUACAUAUAUAUACGAGCGUAAACGCUCGAUAUACAGUAUGGUUUUAAUCGAGAGGUUUCGCGAUAAAGUCGUUCUUGAACUAGAGAUGGUUUAUCGAUGCAGCCGGAGCUCGCACACGACAUAUUUGCGCGAGCACAAAGAGACAGAACAUACUCUUUAUUCUCUGUCUCUCUCUUUCUUUCCUACGAAAAAACAUUUAUAAAAUCUUAAAGAUCCUAUAAUACAUAUAAAAUACUAUACCGCCAGGUGUUUGUAAGUGUCACCGUUCGCACGCUGCGCGUAUACAAAAUUUAAAUCAUCCAUAAAGAUAUGGAGCGGAGCGGAGUCUUUUUUUUUUUUUCCUUUACGGAGACAUCGCAAAAAUUCGGACGACGAGGCAGCCGACUUUUGUCUCCGUAAAAUGUAAAUUGGUGUAAAACCAUCUAGAAACUCGUACAAGCUCGACCUUUUCUUUCUAUUCCCAUUCAAUGUCCGCGAAAUCUAAUACUGAGUCUGGAAGAAGCCAAGCCAAGCCAACCGUUUUCGUGAAAAUCGUAGAUGUGCGGCUGUCGACAAAAUAAAUAUGUCUCUGCUUCUUUUUUUUUUUAAUCAGAUACGCUUGUACUUUUACUUUAGGAUAUUAGUCAGGAUAUUCGCCAUAUGGUUCUUUCCGCACUUAUCACAAUACAGAAUACUUAACCGAAUGUCGUAAAUAUUGUAAAAGUAUGUCCAGUCGUCUUAACAAAUAUUUACCCGAAUUAUUAAACUGUACAGUAUAUAUAUAUAUAUUUAUAUAUAUGCAUAUAAUAAUAGUAUGCGAGGGUAAAGGAAGAUACCGAGAUACAAUUAAAACGGAUUAAUCGCACGCUCUUGAAAAAUUUCACAGUCAAAUCUGUUCCGAAAUGGGAAGUUAAGGAUAAGAUAUUAUCGAUCGUUCAAUGCGAAAAACUGAUCGAUUUUUAUCUCAAAAUAAGAGAAACAUCAACAGCACAUUUAGACAUGAAAAUUAUUAUUAAUCAUAUAUAUUGUAUCCAGUAGUCGCUUUUCUAUAAUUUAAAUUGUGCGUAUGUCUAACGAUCAUUAGAAUUGUUUUUCUGUGGGCUCCUUGAAUCAGACGAGCGAUAUAUGUAUAUAUCUAUGAUGAAACGCAUAUCAUAUUUUUCUGCCAGUCAUUUAGAAAUGUUCAUGAAUUUAUUGCUCCGUCAUUGAAGCAGCUUUCUCGAUUUACAGCAAAAUUCAACAUUGUUUGAAACAAAAACAAUUGUCAAAAGAUCUCUUUCGAUUCGAAAUUAUUUAAGCAGAACAACAAAACGCAACAAUGUCACU